CUCAGCCCUGCCACCCGUGAGCUCAUCCCUGUCACAGGUGGGCUCAUCCCUGUCACAGGUGGGCUCAGCCCUGCCCCCCGUGAGCUCAUCCCUGCCAUCCAUGAGCUCAUCCCCCGGGUUCCGUGCGCUGCCCACGCACUGGGCUGCUUUCCUCACGGUGCCCCUGUCCUGCUUUCCCAGGGUUUUGGAAGCGGCUGCUGUCACGAUGCUGGGGCCAGAGCACACGGAGUGAGGCUGAGUCAGAGCCAGAAGGGCCAGACACGAAUUCGUGCACCUCUCAGCUUGCCUUUAAUGAAGGGAACAACCUGCCUUAUCUGCUCUGCACACCUGACCACUGAUCAGAGACACCCAGGCACGGGAGGAGCGGGAUCUGCGCUGGGAGAGGCUGGGCAGGACAAAAACCUCCAGCUGCUUUUGUGGUCUCCAAAGCUCCUGUGUUACAGUGUUCCUGGCUCUGCCUCUUCUCCCCAAGAUGCUGGGAAGGGUCCUGUGCACGGUGUUGUUCGUGGGAGCCCUCCCAUCCCCAGCUGGAGCGUCCCAGGGCCACAUCUCCGUGGUCUUGCUGGGAGCCACGGGGGAUUUGGCCAAGAAGUAUUUGUGGCAGGGUCUGUUCCAGCUCUACAUGGACCAAGUGAGCAGUGGCCACAGCUUCACAUUCCACGGGGCUGCCCUGGCAGCCCUGGAGCCGGGGCAGAGGCUGAUGUUUGACGUGCUGAAGAAGCUGUCCUGUCCCCCCGACGAGGCUCCCAACAGGUGUGCCGUGCUCAAGGACCAGUUCCUGAAGCUGAGCCAGUACCACCAGCUGAGGACUGCCGAGAACUACGCAGCCCUGAACAGAGAGAUCGAGACCCUGCUUCGCCAGGAGGGGCUGAAGGAGGCUGGCAGGAUCUUCUACUUCUCCGUGCCACCGUUUGCCUACACGGAGAUCGCCGGGCACAUCAACAGCAGCUGCCGGCCCCGCGCCGGAGCCUGGCUGCGCGUGGUGCUGGAGAAGCCCUUUGGCCACGACCUGCACUCGGCCCAGCAGCUGGCUGCAGAGCUGGCAGGCUUCUUCAGGGAGGAGGAGAUGUACCGGGUGGACCAUUACCUGGGCAAGCAGGCUGUGGCCCAUAUCCUGCCUUUUCGGGAUCAGAACCGACAGUUUCUGGGCCCAAUUUGGAACCGCCAUCAUGUGGAAAGAGUGGAGGUUGUCUUGAAGGAGACCGUGGAUGCUAAAGGCCGCACCAGCUUCUACGAGCAGUACGGGGUGAUCCGGGACGUGCUGCAGAACCACCUCACCGAGGCCCUCAUGUUCCUCAUCAUGGAGCUCCCUGCCAACGUCAGCAGUGCUCAGGAGGUGCUGCAGCACAAGCUGCAGGCCUUCCAGUCCCUGUGGGGGCUGCAGAGGAGCAGUGCCGUGCUGGGCCAGUACCAGGCCUACGACAGCCAGGUGCAGGAGGAGCUGCAGGAGGCACGGGGCUACGUCAGCACCACACCAACCUUUGCAGGAGUGCUGAUCCACAGCCAGAGCCCACGCUGGGAAGGGGUCCCGUUCCUCCUCGCCUCCGGGAAGGCUCUGGAUGAGCGGGUGGGCUACGCCCGCGUCCUCUUCAAGAACAGGGCCUACUGCCCUCAGAGUGGCACUCUGAGGGAUGCAGGGCACAGCCAGUGCAAACCCAAGCAGAUCAUCUUCUACUUCGGGCACGGUGCCCUCAACACCCCCGCGGUGCUGGUGAGCAGGAACCUCUUCCAGCCUGUCAUGCCCAAAGACAGCUGGAAAGAAGCGGGGCCUCGCUCAGACCCGCACGUCUUCGGACAGCCGCUGUCUGAUUUCCACGUGUACAGCCCUGUGAGAGAGAGGGAUGCCUAUUCUGUCCUCAUCUCCAACAUCUACCACGGCAGGAAGGAUUUCUUCAUCACCACGGAGAGCCUGCUGGCCUCCUGGGCCUUCUGGACCCCUCUGCUGGACAGCACGUCCCGCCAGCCCCCGCGCCUCUACCCCGGGGGCGUGGAGAACCAGCAGCUCCUGGACUUCGAGCUGGUGCCUGGGGGAGUGGCGUUCACCCUGGCGGAGCCAGCGGAGCUGCUGAACCCCGCCGGGCAGAUGCCGAGCGACUUCAGGGCCAUCCAGUCCAAAUUUCGGCAGAGCCCCCUGGUCUCGGCCUGGGCUGAGGAGCUGGUUGCCCAGCUGGCCUCCGACAUGGAGGAGGCGGCGGUGAGGAGCGUGGCUCGCGCGGGGCAGUUCCACCUGGCGCUGUCGGGCGGCUCCAGCCCCGUGGGGCUGUUCCAGCGCCUGGCCAGGCACCACCACGGCUUCCCCUGGCAGCAGAGCCACGUGUGGCUGGUGGACGAGCGCUGCGUGCCCCUGACCGACAGCGAGUCCAACUUCCUGGGGCUGCACAGGCACCUGCUGCAGCACGUCAGGGUGCCCUACUUCAACAUCCACCCCAUGCCCGUGCACCUCAACCGGCGCCUGUGCGUGGAGGAGGACGGCGGCGCCGAGCUCUACGCCAAGGACAUCGUGGCCCUGGUGGCCAACGCCAGCUUCGACCUGGUGCUGCUGGGGGUGGGCACGGACGGGCACACGGCCUCGCUCUUCCCCCGCUCCGAAAACGGCCUGGAAGGGGCUGCCACCGUGGUGCUGACUGAGAGCCCCGUCAAGCCUCACCAGAGGAUGAGCCUCAGCCUGCCCCUCAUCAACAGGGCCAGGCAGGUGUUCGUGCUGGUUUUGGGCAAGGGCAAGCACGACAUCACCACGCUGCUCAGCAGGGUGGGCCACGAGCCCAGGAAGUGGCCGAUCUCGGGCGUCAGCCCCAGCUCUGGCCAGCUGGUCUGGUACGUGGAUUAUGAAGCUCUGCUGGGGUGAUGCCUGCACAGGGUCCCCCCUGCCUUGUCUGCGUGGCCUUUACAGCCUGGAUUGUCCUGCACGAUGUCCUUGUUCCUCCGUUGCCAGCAGCAGCUUCAUCCCUGACGCCUCCAGCCUCCUGGGGGAUCCCAGGCCUGCAGCACCCCUGCAAGUGAGCCUGGGGGGAGCUGGGCUCAGUGGCCAGAGCUCAGGAGGAGCCAAGAGCCUUUCUGGCUCUGCUCUGGGUUCUGACUGAGACUUUGGACAAACGACUUCACCUUGAAGUGCCUCAGUUUUCCUGUCAGGCCUUUGUGCUUACUGGCAUGCAACUACCUCACAGGCACUUGGGGAGACUUGUUAAACCAACCGCCUGCCAAAUUCUCUCUAAUUUUACGUAAUUCUCAGGCUAAAAGGCAGCAGUGCCACACUGAUCCCCUGCCCUGCUCGGCCUGGCUGCGCCAGGGUCGUUGUCUGGGGGCAGUGCUGGUGGUGUGCACACGGCUGUGUGACCCUGUCCGUGCAGCCCAUCCUGCCCUAAAUGCUGACCCUGCCCCGGCAGCUCGCUGCGCUGCUGAGCCUUUGCUAAGUGCCCAGCAGCAGAGGCUGAGCCUGUGAGCAGUGCCUGGCUGUGUUCAUGGAGGGGUGGCAGUGCCUGGCUGUGUUCCUGGAGGGGUGGCAGUGCCUGGCUGUGUUCCUGGAGGGGUGGCAGUGCCUGGCUGUGUU